CAGUAGACAGAUAAGUGCGUCUGAGAGACUGCAGGCAUCUCUGUGAUCUCCGGGCUCAAGGCUGCACUCGGCGCACUACACGGCGAACUACACUGCAUCAUUACUGGAUAGGCAAAGGAUCACUGUGUAUCUAUGACUAUUUUCCUGCUCUUGUAGCAGUUUUCCCCCCUUUCUUCCCGUGCACUUUAAUUGGAGAAGCUCGCCAAGAUGAUGUCCAUGAACAGCAAACAGCCGCACUUCGCAAUGCAUCCCUCUUUACCCGAGCACAAGUACACCACUUUGCAUUCCAGCUCGGAAGCUAUAAGGAGAGCCUGUCUACAAACUCCACAGCUACAAAAUAACAUAUUUGCGAGUCUGGAUGAGACCCUGCUGGCCCGGGCUGAGGCUUUGGCGGCCGUGGACAUCGCCGUGUCCCAGGGCAAGACGCACCCGUUCAAGCCCGACGCCACCUACCACACGAUGAGCACGGUGCCAUGCUCGUCGACAUCCACUGUGCCACUGGCCCACCACCACCAUCACCAUCACCACCACCACCAUCAGAACCUGGAGCCACAGGAUAUCAUGGACCACAUCACUUCGCCGUCCCUCGCUCUGAUGUCCGGUGCGCACGACGGGUCCGGUGGAGGAGGCGGCGGCGGCGGCGGAGGUGGCGGCGGAGGGCUCAUCUCCACCUCCUCUGCCCACCCGCACUCUCACAUGCACGGCUUGAGUCACCUCUCCCACCAGGCUAUGAGCAUGAACUCGCCUCUCACCCACCACGGGCUCUUACCGGGCCAUCACGGGGGGAGCCAAGUCGGCCCAGGACUCACUAACAACGGACUCUCCUCCAUCAAUGACUCAGACACAGACCCAAGGGAGCUGGAGGCUUUCGCGGAGCGCUUCAAGCAGCGGAGGAUCAAGCUGGGGGUGACCCAGGCGGACGUGGGAGGCGCACUGGCUAAUCUCAAAAUCCCCGGCGUGGGAUCACUGAGCCAAAGUACAAUUUGUCGAUUCGAGUCGUUAACUCUCUCCCACAACAACAUGAUUGCGCUCAAACCUAUCCUCCAGGCCUGGCUAGAGGAGGCCGAGGGGGCCCAGAGGGAGAAAAUGAGCAAACCUGACAUUUUCAACGGAGGGGAAAAGAAACGCAAGAGGACCUCGAUAGCGGCCCCAGAAAAGAGGUCUUUGGAGGCUUACUUCGCCGUACAGCCUCGGCCGUCGUCCGAGAAAAUCGCAGCUAUAGCGGAAAAGUUGGACCUGAAAAAAAAUGUGGUGCGAGUGUGGUUUUGUAACCAAAGACAGAAGCAGAAGAGGUUGAAAUUUUCCGCUGCUCACUGAUGGGCAAAGAAAAGAAAAACAAAAAAGUUGUGGGACCGAAUUUGGGGACCAAGGGACACUAAGACACCAUUUUCAGUCUUUUGUCUCCAGCGAUUUUACACGUUGGUGCACAAUGGGCUUUAGAUAGGCCUACCCAUUUUAUGAGGCUUCAUAUAUCUUGUUUAUUUUCACGUUAUCGGUGAAUGUGAAGUAUGCAAAUAACAGAUUACACAAGUUUCGCUCAGUUGUUACGAGGGGAAAAGUUUAGCGACGUCGACAUUGCCUUUUAAAAACAUGUGGAAGGAGGUAAUUUGCUUGAUACUAUAGCGAGUUAUUUUCUCCUGAUAGGCCUAUUAUUUGAAGUAUAGCCAUUUACGAAUUACCUCAUUGAUUGUUGAACUGUGUUUUUGGUUUGAUUUUUGUCGUUGUUGGUAUAGAAUAUUUCAUGAAUCUGUUCAUUUAUUCAUGUGUUCAUUUAUUCUUAUUUGGAGGCUGCUAUGAACUCAAGUUUAGUUGCAAACGUUUAUGGCUAUAACGAAAACAUUGUUUAGGCCUGCAUGGAAUCCUAAUUCACGGGCGGUAAUUUAGGCUGUCACAUCUAGAGAUAUAUUUAUUUUGAAUUUGCACAAAAGACCCUUUAGGUUUAUAGAUCGGUGAUGUCGAAAUGUUUUUUUGUAUAUACAGACAUCACUUUGUCACGUAUCAGAGGUGAGCUCCAGUGUUUUGGAAAUACAUGAUAGGGUAUAUUGACACCAUUGGCAUCACAAGGAGGAGUUUCAAACAGAUCCAGAGAGCACGAAAUCCUUGUCUGCUUCAUCAAGGAGAUAUCACCAUGAAAACAAAACAAGUUUUCUUUCAUGUGUUUUGGUUUGCAGUGCAAACACUCUAUGCAUUGGAAAAAAGAAUCACUGCGUACAGUAGAGCUGUCUACUGAUAGACCUUCUUUUGUGGAUGGUGUAAGUCACUGUUUAAAUGCCUGUUUUCAUAUCAAGAUCACCACGUUGUUUGUCGUGUUAAUUGUUACGGAAACGUUGUGUAAGUAAUAUAUUUUACUUUGUGCACAAGUAUGUUUACAAAACUGCGGCGACAUGUGCAUCAUGGAAAAUGUCCCACUGUCUCCUUCCCUCUCUCACAACUUCUCUCUACUCUCUUCUGUUGUUCUCUUUACUUUCAUUGGUACUAUUCAUCCUGUAAGCCAAAUUCAACAGGGAGGUGUGUUCCAGCAAUCUUCUAAUAAAUUGAAGAAAGAAA